AAGUAACCUAACAGACAGACCGACAUUUCAUUCGCACUGUCAUUGUGACUGCAGUAAUGAUGGCAUCUUUUCAGGUUUUACGUUGUUUGUGCGUGUUUACACUCAAUAAACCGGUUUAUCUCGGAAGAGCUAUCUCAGCAUGUGGACUGAAGACUUCCACCGUCAAUCACGGACAACCUGAUUCAGUGUCAGCUGUGACAUAUGAACAGCUCAAAGCCAUGCUGGCCAAUCACAGCGUGCAGCUGUUUGAUGUCAGGAAUACAGAUGAAUUCCAGGCUGGCCGGAUCCCUGAUUCUGUCAACAUUCCUUUAGGACAGCUUGAGGAGUCACUGAAACUCCCACCACAACAGUUUCAACUGCAGUUUGGGGUGAAAGCCCCUGAAAAGGAAGAUAAUAACAUAGUUUUCCAUUGCCGAAGUGGAAAAAGGAGUCUGACUGCUCUUGAAAUCGGUCAUCGUCUGGGAUUCUCUAAGGCACGGCAUUAUGCUGGCGGAUACAUUGAUUGGGAACAGCGUGAGAAGAAGUAAAAGGACUUACUGAGCAUCAUUUUAAAUUAACUUCACAUCACUGUUACAGUCAUAUUAAUCUGGACCAAUAAUCUGGAAAUAGAAAAUACAAUUAAAUAUUGACUGUUGAAACUGAAGAAAGUGAAUUUUACAAAAAUGUGAAUUUUAAUGACUCAUCAGUUAUUAUAUAUGAAACGUUUAAUUAAGAUGUGAUUUCAUUGAUAUGUGAAUAUGAAUUACUCAGUGUAUUAGAGUCAUUAUUGAUAUAGUUUAAUGACUCAUUAAUUACCGAUAUGAUAUGAAUAAUAUCUGAUUAAGUUAAUUUUU